UUCAGUGGGUCCUCUGAGUGGAACUCGCUUGAAUAUCACCCGCAAUGAUUAUUUCUUUCAUCGCCACCACCAGUAAUAGUAACAAGUCACCUUUUGUCACCUUCAUUUUUGUUUGGUUUCAGCAAGUUACAUUGUGAACUGCCUCAGAUAUCUAGGGGUAGAUAAAGUGUAAUUAUAAAUUGUGGAAAGAAAGAAAGAAAGAAAGAAAGAAAGAAAGAAAGAAAGAAAGAAGCAAGCCUGGAACAAGCGGUCUAAUGCUGAAGCUUCUCUUCUUAGUUGCUUCUGUGCUUUACAUAGUCUCCCCGCCCUUCCUUUCCUCAGCCCUCAGGGGAGCAUGGUGGGAACUUCAUGCUCCAGGGACCCCCUUUUCUGCCAAAGCAGCUAGUCAUCAAACUUCCGCCCCUUUGGGGCUGCCUGUUGGGCCUCACUCUGCCUGGCUGCCCAGGGGGAUGGAUCGGUGUGCAAGUGGGGCUGGCUGCAGGGAGGCAAUGGUACCCGCUCUGCGUUACCUGUUUUUGCUGUGGUUCAGUUGGUUGGGAGCAGCCACUGGAGUGCCGGGAGAGCUAACUGAUGUUGUCCAGGCCACAGAGACCCAGGCGGUUCUUCUGCCCUGCACUUUUAACCACACACUGGCUUCUGACGAUUUGAAUCUGACUUGGCUUGGUCCGUCUGGGAAGGAACUCUCGUAUGUGCAUGUCAAGUAUAACCACUCAGAGGCAAAUCUGGGUGAAAAGUGGCGUCUGUUCCUUUACAGCAUCUCCAGGCGAGAUGGCAUAUGGUUUACCUGCAGCUGGAAUGGCAUCUCAGGAAAGAACCACACACUCACAUGGACAGGUGAUGAUGAUGAUGGUGAUAAAGACCCUGAGGACAUUGCAGAGGAAGUGAAAGACAGCAUGAGAGAUGCUGGUUCGGGUAGUAACAGCAGCUUUUAUUCACCACAAGCCUGGCGCCAGGCUGACUCCCCACAUCCUACAAAUGGUAUGGAAUCUUUUCCUUGUGAUGCCCCAAUACCCAGGAACUGGACCAAUGGGACUCUCGUCUGGAUUCAGCACGAUUCAAUGGGCAAAAAGACUGUGCUGGUGACCGUGUUGCUAUGGCGCUCCAUCACUAACCACUUGCUGUUGAUGAGGACCAAUGACAUCAUUCUGAUGCUGCCAUCGGUGACAUCCACAGAUGCUGGGAACUACACCUGUCAGUGGAAGGAUCAGGCCCACCAUUUUCAGCUGGAGGUGGCAGCAAAGCCAGCUGCUUGGCUACAAUUAGGAGCCCAACACUGGAUAAUCUGGACUGCGGCCUUGGUACAUAUGAUUGCCUGCCUUGGUUGCCUUUUCUGUUUCCUGUGGCUCCGGCGAGCCAUUUGUGUUCGUAGGCAGAUGAAGCUGAAGGGUCCUGUCCGGAGAAGGUAUUUCUGUGCCAAGAGGAACAGGCCACGUGCUUCCAAUGGGGUUCUGGUGGGACCCUCAGCAAAUGAAGAUGUCUGUGAGCGGGUGGAUGCCUACGAGAAUGUGUUGCUAGACGGGGGUCCAAGGCGUAGCUGUCAGCUGCUUCAGAAAGGAAAGAUCCUACCCAAUACCACCAACAUGGAAGAUGAAGAUGAAGAAGAAUAUGAACAUCCAGACAGUGAAAUAGAGCUCAAGUCAGAUGAUGAUGACAACUACGAGAACACCCAGGAAGAAGUGAAACAGGGAGAUGCGGCUUUAAACGAUGUAUCGCUUUAUGAAAACAGAAAGGACGAGACCAAGUCCGGCUCCCAAAAGUGGGGAUCAGGUGACCCAUUGUAUGCAAACAAUACUCAGCACUCCGUGAAGAACCUGGUCCAAGAUGCACUUGCUGAAGAUAGUGAAAACUAUGAGAACUUGGAAGAAGAGGUUUCUGUUUCCCCUGGUGCAGCCCGACUUAUAGCAGACUUACGCAGGCAGCUGGCCCUGGACCCCCAUGUGGACAAGCAGGAUGGAUGCAGUGAGACAUCUACAGGCUCCCAGUCCUAUGAAGAGAUGAAUGGGUCCUUGUGCCCCACUUCAAGCAAGCUUCUCCACCUUCAUUCCAACAUAAGCAACGAGGAAGAUGCCGAUUCCUAUGAAAAUAUGGAGAGCCCCAACAGUGUCAGUUUGCGGAAGGAAGGCAACAUGGAUUCAUGUGGAGAAGGCACUGCCUUUGGUCUCCCACGGCAACAUCACUCCAUACCUUUCGGGGUUGAUCUUAGAGGGGGGAUGCUGUGCUCAGACUAGAACGAGCCAAGGCGUUGGGGAGGCAGGCUCAGGAGCUUGAACCUUCAGCAAUUCCUUUCCUCUCUCAGCCAGGACGCAAUGUUUCUACCCAGAAACUGGGACCAGACAAACUAUUCUUCUCGUCCUGGCACUCCGGAUCCUCUGGGAGCAGAGGAGUGAGGGGUGCUUCCAGAAUGCUAGAAGAGGGGGUCCAGAGAUUUGAUCUCCAGGACUAGGAGCAGAAUGGAGUCCUACACAUCUGAAAUGGAAGCAGAAAGACUGAGCUGGAGAUAUGCAAGCACAUUUUUUUAAAGAGUUGAAAGUAAAGAGAAGCCAUUUCUAGUGGAAGAAACACA